UAAUCACAAAUUUCUCACAAAACAAUUUGAAUUUAAAACUGUGUUUAAAAUAGUUUAUUAUUGUGUAUAACUAUUAAUAAAUACUAUAAUAUACGAAUUAAAAUUAUUAGAAAUAUACCACAGCAAGUUCGAUGGUUCAUACGUCCUAUAUCUUUUACAGGUACUCUCAUUGAUUGUAAGAGCUCUAUACUACAUGACUGAAGAUUUAAGUUUCACUCUAAGGCCUUCUUCUGGCCCAUUUAAGAGUCCUAAAGAAAUAGUAAAAUUUUAUAACGAUUUUGACGGAUGGCAAGAAGUUUUGCCAAAGACAGAUAACACCUAUUCACCUGGAUCUAAAUACUACAAAUAUGAAGUAUCUCCCGGCAUACCUCUCAUACCAAAUAUGUCAAGAUUACCCCUUAAAUCUUAUGAGAAAACUCCUCUGAAACAAGAUUUUUCUGAAGAUCAAUCAUCUCAUAUCUUUAAUUCUAGUCAUAUAAAAAAAAAAUUAUUUACAUCUACAACUUAUAAAAAUUAUAAAGUAACAAAUCACAACGAAACAGAAAUCGAAGAAACCUCAAUUACUAAUAAAAGAAAAGCUGUAACACUUAUAAAACACGUGUCACAUUCAGUUCAAAUAUUUAUUAAAUUCAUAAUUUCAUAUUUUAUUUCUAUUUCUACAUUAUCUGAAAUACACGAGUCUGUAAUGGAGAUUGGUUCCAAUAUAAUUAAUACCACUAUUCGGAAGUUAACAAAUUGGGUGCAUUUGGCCACUAUUACUAUGGUGCACUACGAUUUGAUCAUAAUCACAACUAUACGAAAAAUAAUUGAACAUUAUUUUGGACAUACCAGAAUAAACCAGCUAAUGAUAUCUAUCUUAAUUUCAGCAUUGAUAAUAUUUUUAACUGUUGGUGUUUUAAAUUACAUGACACCUUUAGAAAUUCCAGUAUGGCAAGAUUCUUGGACUCAUUUUCUUUUAUCACCGUUUAUUAGUAUACUCAAUUUGAUUACAUCAAUUUUUCAAGUGUUCUCUUCUACUUUUCAUUUUGUAUUGGAUUUAGUAAUAAUGGUGUUUGCUUCAACAAUGGUUGCAUUACAAUUAUUUGGGCAAUUAUUUUUUAAUGUUUUUCGUAAUAUUAAUACUGUUGUGGACUCUGCCUCUCAAAUCCAUACUAUUCCUGUUGAACAAAAUCAAGGAUUUUUAGCAUUUGAUUAUAAUCUGUUAGCUAGAAAAAUUAUAGCUUCUGAAGAAUUUCAACAUGUACUUAUUAAUCAAUUAAAUAUUUCACAGUCAAAUUUAGUAAAAUUACAUGAUCAAGAAUUUCAACAAAUAUUAAAAAACCAAUUAGAAAAACUGAACUCUGAGAACUUAAAUUGGAUUAAUAAUCAAUUAAACAACCAAAAGAUUACACUAAACAAUGUUAAGAAUGAAAUUGCUGGUCAAGAAAAAGAAACGAUUCAAUUAAUGGAAAAAAAAAUUUCAGAACUACAAAAUAUUGUAUCAAACUUAAUUAAUAGCUUUGAAGAUUACAAAUCCAAACCAGCCGUAUUAAAAACAAAUACUGAAUCUGUAUCAAAAGAAUCUUGUUCUAAAAAUGAUUGGAAUUCAAUUGUCAAUUAUAUUGAGCAGUAUGUCAACAUAACAAUGAAAUCUACAUUAAGUGUUUAUGAUGCUGAUAAAACAGGAAUGGUUGAUUACGCUCUAGAAUCUGCUGGUGCUACAGUGCUAGGGACUCGUUGUACUCAAACUAAGCCCUCGACAGCAGCAUUAACAAUGUUUGGGAUACCUUUAUGGUUUAUAUCAAAUGGUCCGAGACUGGCUAUUCAGGUAGGUGUUAAUCCUGGUCAAUGUUGGGCAUUCAUUGGUGCUAAGGGUUUUUUGGUGUUGAAGUUGUCAAAAACUAUACAUGUAACUGGUUUUACCAUAGAACAUUUACCAAAAUCACUUUCAGAAGAUGGUCAUAUAAGAUCUGCCCCAAAAGAUUUCAGUGUUUGGGGAUUAAAACAUGAAUCGGAUUCAAAUGGUAAACUGUUGGGUAAAUAUCAGUUUACUGUCGAUGGGCCUAGUUUACAAUAUUUUAAUGCUGAGGGGACAGAUAAUAUUUACCCCAUUGUAGAACUAAGAAUAGAAUCAAAUCACGGACAUGAUGAGUAUACAUGUUUAUAUCGUAUCAGGGUUCACGGAGAGCUGGCUGUUUAAUGGUACUUAAUGAAUGUAGUCAAGAGGUUUAUUUAUAAGUACAAAGUUAACAAACAUUUAUACUUUAUUUAAUUGGUUACCACUAGCCUUCAGUUAAAACAAAAAUAAAAAAUAAGUAUAUUAAUAUUUUUUAUCACCAAAGAUUGAAAGUUAAUUUUUAAUUUAUUUUCACGCCAUUGCAAUUAAAAGCUUUUGUGUUAAAUAUAAUAAAUGUUUGAAUUAUUUAUAUCUUAUUUUACGUUUAGAUAAUGAUUUAUUUUCUUUUUAAUUUUG